AAAAAAGCCGUUUGGAAUUUGCCCAAUAUAUUAAAAACUCAAUUCCCCAGCAUCCUUUACUGCAACGCGCCGACAUAGUGUCGUAAAUCAUCCGCCCUGCUUUACGGCAGAUAAUAGGCCAGUGUGGAGUGAAUUGAGUAAUGGCAGGAACAGACACGAGAUAGUCCACGAACUUUACGUUAUUUUUACAUUUAUCAGGUACCAGCAGCCGGACGCACGUCUGUGUUCGUCGUCGUUCGCUGUGAGAGACUGAUUCCGACCCGUUUUUCUGUCAUCAUAGUAACUGUAUGCAGUGGAAUGGCUGAAGUGCCGCCUGGGCCUAACACACUGCCUUCAUCCCCGAGCGAGAUCACACCACUGCCCGUGGACGGGUGCACCUUACUGGGCACCGAUGAGGGACGGGACAUCAUCAGCCCCGGCCCGGGACACCAGCACGCUAGCAACCACAAGGCGAUAGUCAAAUCCAACCAGAACAACGUGCAUCCUAAUGCAUCAGCCGCCCAGUUCCACACAGCCCAGCUGAACGGGGUCCAGUGCAACCACACUCGCCUCCAGAACCACGUCCAACAACACCGGCCGUCCGACAAUCAAAACGCCGCUUCCGAUCACCACUUGGACGGCAUCUGCGAGACGCAGAGCGAUCACACGGAAAACAACAAUUUCACGAGAAAUAAACGAUGCAGUGAUAUAUCGCAGAGCCAGUCGCCGCCGAACAACGGGAUAAACUGCACUGAUAGCAUGGCGAUAACGGAGAGCAGUUCGUGUCGACUGGAGAACAAUGUAAGUAGCAGGACUGGUUCGGGGGAUCAGGCUCGAGUGGCUGCGGCAGCGCUGAUGGACGGGGCUGAGUCAGGCCCAGGCCCGCAGCGCGCUGGAGUAGAUCAGGCGGCGGCUGACAGCGCUCCGGUGGCGGGGAUGUCGAGACUAGCGCUGGAGGAGCACGACGACUCCAUCCGAUACGUGAGAUACGAGUCUGAGCUCCAGAUGCCCGAUAUCAUCCGACUCAUAACUAAAGACUUAUCUGAGCCCUACUCCAUUUACACCUAUAGGUACUUUAUUCACAGCUGGCCUCAGCUCUGCUUUCUGGCGAUGGUUGAGAAGGACUGUGUCGGUGCCAUUGUGUGUAAGCUAGACAUGCAUAAGAAGAUGUUCCGUCGCGGAUACAUCGCCAUGCUCGCUGUGGACUCCAAAUUUCGCAGGAAAGGCAUCGGCACCAACCUUGUGAAAAAGGCCAUUUAUGCUAUGGUGGAGGGAGAUUGUGAUGAGGUGGUGCUAGAGACGGAAAUCACCAACAAAUCAGCCCUGAAACUCUAUGAGAACCUGGGCUUUGUCAGGGACAAGAGGCUGUUUAGAUAUUAUUUAAACGGAGUGGACGCACUUCGGCUCAAACUCUGGCUUCGCUAAAAUCAAACUACGGGGUCCCUCAACUCUUUCUCCAUCCCUUUGGCCUACUCUUCCUCCGCCCCUGUCCUCCGGCUCAGAUCACAUGACUUCCCAUCAAUAGAAAGGACACUCGACCUCUGCUGAGCCACAAAGGGCAAACUCUGAGGGAAAAUUCAACCAAUCAUAAUAAAGUGUUUUAAGAACUU